AUGGUGUGCCAAACUGAUGGCAAAGGCUGUGCUAAUGAUUUUGCCAAGGUAUCGAACGGACGUAAGGCCAAUAAAUUUACCUGGCAAGAAUUGGCAAAGUUAAACACUCAUCAAAAUGCUCAUAUAGCCAUCCGAGGCAAGGUUUAUGACGUUCAUGAAUUUGCUAAUCGUCAUCCUGGUGGUAUGGAGCAAAUUCUCUUUGGCGCUGGGCGUGAUUGUACUCAGCUAUUUGAAAGUUAUCAUUCAUCAAGCACAUACAAGCUGUUGGAGAAAUUUUAUGUAGGAGAUCUCAUCAGCAAUGAAUUGCCUGUAUUCCCAGAGCCGAGCAAAUUUAAUAGAACUGUCAAAGAGAGGGUCAACAAAUAUUUUAAGGACAACAAUAUUAAUCCAAAAUAUUCCCUCGCUAUGUUUAUGGUUUACUUUCUAGUUUUGACCAUGAUCUUUUCCUCUUAUUUAGCGAUGUUACUACUUUUCCCUAAUAAUUUAUGGGUUAUGAUUCCGUUAGCUGCAUUUCAUGGAUUUUGGGGUGCAUUAAGUGAAUUAACGAUUUUGCAUGAUUCAAGCCACUUUGCAGUUACUAACAACCCCCGUGUGUGGAUUCUGAACCAGCUAUUGAAUAGCUGUUACAAUGGAAAUUCUGGAUUUGUUUGGACGUAUCAGCACGUGAUGGGACAUCAUCCCUACACUAACAUCGAUGGUGCUGAUCCUGAUAUAGUCACUUCUGAUAAGCCCGCUGAUAUUAGACGGAUAAAAACAUCCCAAAGUUGGGUCUCUCGCUAUUUCUAUCAGCAUAUCUACGUUCCAGUACUUUAUGCAUUUCUUGCGGUGAAGACUAGGUUACAAGAUAUCUCGAUUGUCUUUGUCGACAAAAUGAAUGGUCAUAUUAGGCUAAAUCCAAUGUCUACGUCUCAGUUUAUUAUCUUUUGGACUGGCAAAAUUGCGUUUUGCGCUAUGCGCUUUGUAAUUCCUUUAUACUUCAUGUCAUUAACCAACACUAUCAUAAUGAAUGUAGUUUGCGACAGUGCUCUAAGCUACUGGUUGGCGUUAACAUUCCAGGCUUCCCAUGUUGUUAGUGAGGUUGAAUGGCCAACUCCCGAUAAGAAUAACAAAAUCGAUGGAGAUUGGGCGGAAUUACAAUGUCGUACUACUCAAGACUAUGCAACAACUAAUUUUAUCUGGAAUAUUGCUACAGGACAUCUAAACCAUCAAACAGCUCAUCAUUUGUUUCCUGGAGUUAUUCAGUAUCACUAUUCAAAGAUAACUCCUAUCGUUCAACAGACAUGUAAGGAAUUUGGAAUCAAUUAUCAUUACAAGGACACAUUUACAGAAGGAAUUGGAGCUCAUGUCAAUCAUUUAAAACGAUUGGGCCAAGAAGAUAUCAAGAAGACACAAUAA